GAGAGGAAAAGAGGAUUCCGAGAACCAAGGUCUCCUGUCGAACAUGCCUCUGGUAACUGUUCAUUGCUUUGAGGUCUCUGUUGAGGAGGGGAAAUAGAUGACCUACUCAGAGUGCACAGCUUCCACCGGGGUGUUCAUUUCUAACAGUCUGUUGUGCUGAAGAUGUCUAACAGUAACACGACACAGGAGACACUGGAAAUAAUGAAAGAGUCAGAAAAAAAGCUGGUUGAGGAAUCUGUGAACAAAAACAAGUUUGUAUCCAGGUCACCAAGCAAAGAAGAACUUGAGAAGGACGGGGAGGAGAAUAGCACACGGCAAGAAUCUCAGAGGCGAAUAUCCAAUCAUGGGCAUGCUAGAAAAAGAGCCAAGUCUAAUUCAAAGCUGAAGUUGGUCAGGAGCCUGGCUGUAUGUGAGGAAUCCUCGAAUCCCUUUGUGGAUGGGCUGCUGGAAACCCAGGAUAUCAUACAGUUGCAUAUCAAUUGCCCUGACAAGAAAGAUGACAAGUCUGCAAAAGAUGGUCCUGAAAAGGAAGAUAAAGAAAAAAAUAAGGAGAAAGCCCCCAAGAAAAUGUUGUCGCGAGAUUCCAGCCAGGAAUACACAGACUCCACUGGAAUAGAUUUGCAUGAAUUUUUAGUAAAUACACUGAAGAAAAACCCAAGGGAUAGGAUGAUGCUGCUAAAAUUAGAACAGGAGAUCCUGGAAUUUAUUAAUGAUAACAAUAAUCAGUUCAAGAAGUUUCCCCAAAUGACCUCAUAUCAUAGGAUGCUUUUACACCGGGUUGCUGCCUAUUUUGGCAUGGACCACAACGUAGACCAAACUGGGAAAGCCGUCAUUAUCAACAAGACCAGUAACACAAGAAUCCCUGAACAGAGGUUCUCUGAGCACAUCAAAGAUGAGAAGAGCUCUGAGUUUCCACAAAGGUUUAUCCUCAAGCGAGAUGACACCAGCAUUGAUCGGGAUGAUAAUCAGAUCAGAAUCCCAUUGCAGGAUGGACGGAGGAGCAAAUCCAUUGAAGAGCGAGAAGAAGAGUAUCAAAGAGUUAGAGAACGCAUAUUUGCACGAGAGUCGGGCCAGAACGGGUUCCUGAAUGACAGCAGGGGCAAUCGGGAUGGACUCAGCCGGACUUCAGGCAGCCGCCAGAGCAGCACAGAGAGCGAUCUGAAGUCAUUGGAGCCUCGGCCAUGGAGCAGCACAGACUCGGAUGGCUCCACCCGCAAUCUGCGCCCUCCUGUCACCAAAGCCAGCAGCUUCAGUGGCAUUUCCAUCUUGACGCGAGGAGACAGCAUUGGUGGCAUUGGCAAAGGAAGCAGCGCCAGCAGGACUGUCAGGCCAGGUAUUGCUUUCCUCUUUACUAAAGCCUGCAGCCAAGUCUCUUCUGCCCAGCCUAGCCGGGGCCUCUUGCCAUGUGCUGCUCAGCAGCCACCACACAGCAGCAGGCAACAACAUCAACCACUUCCUCCCACUCCCCAGCAACAGCACAUGAGUAAUCACAUCAUACCACAGCCGGUCCCAGCCCUGCAGCCCUCUCCGCAGCCUGUUCAAUAUUCUCCAAGCUCCUGCCCCCAGGUCCUCCUGCCAGUCUCUCCGCCCCAGCAGUACAACAUGGCUGAUGAGCUCAGCAAUCCCUUUGGGCAAAUCAGCCUCAGCCGCCAGGGUUCCACAGAGACAUCUGAUCCGUCCUCAGGCAUGUUCCAGCCACCAAUCAUGUCUCAGCAUCCUCAGCAGACGGGAUUCCUCAUGGCUUCUCCAGGGCAACCAAUCACUGCCUCCAACUACUCUGCCUCGGGACACACAGCCCCAGCCCAGCAGGUUUUGCAGCCCCAGAGCUAUAUGCAGCCUCCCCAGCAAAUUCAGGUUUCUUACUACCCUCCUGGGCAGUACCCAAACUCUAGCCAGCAAUACCGACCUCUUUCUCACCCGGUGGCCUACAGCCCACAGCGCAGCCAACAGCUGCCUCAGCAGUCACAGCAGCCUGGUUUACAGCCAAUCAUGUCCAACCAGCAGCAGACAUACCAAGGUAUGAUAGGAGUGCAGCAGUCCCAAGGCCAGAGUCUCCUCAGCAACCAGCGCAACAACUUGGGUGGCCAAAUGCAGAACAUGAUGGGUGUGCAGCAGUCUCAAAGCCAGAGCCUUCUCAACAAUCAGCGGGGAAAUAUGGGCAGUCAGAUGCAAGGCCUGAUGGUCCAGUAUACUCCACUACCUUCAUAUCAAGUGCCCGUGGCUAAUGAGUCUCAGGGCGUAGUCCAACAGUCCUUUCAGCAGCCUGUUCUGGUACCAGCAAACCAGUCUGUUCAAGGAGGACUGCAAGCUGGGGGGAUGCCAGUCUACUACAGUGUUAUCCCGCCAACCCAGCAGAAUGGCACCAGCCCUUCAGUUGGCUUCCUGCAGCCUCCUGGGACAGAGCAGUACCAGAUGCCUCAGUCUCCAUCACCCUGCAGCCCGCCACAGAUGCAGCAGCAGUAUUCAGGGGUAUCUCCGACAGGGCCUGGUGUUGUGGUAAUGCAACUCAAUGUGCCCAAUGGCCCCCAGCCUCCCCAGAACCCUUCCGUGGUGCAGUGGAACCACUGCAAAUACUAUAGCUUGGACCAGCGAGGUCAGAAGCCUGGAGACAUCUACAACCCAGAUACCAGUGCUCAGGCCAACACCCAGAUGAGCAGCCCAAUCACAUCCCCCACGCAGUCCCCUACGCCGUCACCUGUCACUAAUCUCAACAGCGUCUGCACAGGUCUCAGUCCCCUCCCAGUGCUUACACAAUUCCCUCGGCCUGUGGGACCAGCUCAAGGUGAUGGGCGCUAUUCCCUGCUGGGCCAGCCAUUGCAGUACAAUCUCUCAAUUUGCCCCCCACCUUUGUUGCACAACCAGUCCAGCUAUACAGCACACCAGGGACAAACGGGGAUGAAGCAUGGCAGUAGAAGCAAGAAACAGACUCUGAAGUCAGCAUCCACGGACCUCGGAACAAGCGACGUAGUGUUGGGUCGUGUCCUAGAAGUAACUGACCUUCCAGAGGGCAUCACGCGCACAGAGGCCGACAAGCUCUUCACCCAACUUGCCAUGUCUGGUGCCAAAAUUCAGUGGCUCAAAGAGACUCACGGGCGUCCUGGGGGCGGUGGAGACAACAACCACGGAACUGCAGAGAACGGCAGGCAUAAUGACCUUGCUGCCUUAUACACCAUCGUGGCUGUCUUUCCCAGCCCCCUGGCAGCCCAGAACGCCUCCCUGCGUCUCAACAACUCCCUUAGUUGUUUCAAGUUGCGUAUGGCCAAAAAGAACUAUGACCUGCGUGUGCUGGAGCGUGCCAGCUCUCAAUAGGGGCAGGCGGAGGGGCAGGGAGGGAAGGGAGGCAACAAGCACACUGGACUGGCCUUUCCAGGCCCCUCUCAGCCCCUUGACUUGCCCUCUUUCCGCCUCCUCCCUCCCUUGGUUUCCACAUACACCUCCUCCUUUCUCUUUUGUUUUUCUUUUUGGUGGGGAAGGGGAGAAUCUUUCUGGAGAUAUUUAUAUGGACAAGAAUGAAGAGAAGAGACAUUGAUUUUUUUUUGUUCUUUGGGGGGGUGUUCUGUUUUUAUUUUUAUUUUUAUUUUGCGUGAAAGAACAUGUCCUACCCCUUGCCCCUUCUCCAGAACACGUGUAUAUUGUUUUUGUUCAGCGUUGUGCCGCGGUACGCAGCCGUAUUUAAUUGCACAUACAGAUGUUGGCUGGGUAUGUUCACUGUACAUUUUAUUUAAUCUGGGUUUAUUAGUAUUAUUAAUAUUAUUAUUUGGUUUUUAAAUAUAAAAAAAUCGUCUGUCACUUUAAA